CACACAAACAGCGGAAAAUCCAAAGUAAAAACUCACACCCGUGCAUAUACGGUUCUCUCUCUCUCUCUCUCUCUCUCUCCCUCUCUCCACCUUAUCAUCUCUCACUCCUCCGCUCCUCUUCUCUCCACAGUCCGAACCCUUAUCUCCAAACCCUUAUCACGGAACCCUAUCCAAAACAAAACCCAUUCACCCCCAAAUCAAACCCAACUCUACAAACAAUUCAAGGGCUCAAUCCAAUGGACACCAACCAAGCCGCGGCGUUCCAACCCUCCAACUCCCCAUCAGGUAUCAAAAUCUCACCUCCUUAUGAUUCUGAAAUCGAUGCUUUUGUCAAAACCAAUGAUUUGGACAAUAGUAUUAUUAAUAGAAGAAGCAGUAGCAGUAGUUCUGUUAGUGGUUCUGAGGAUGGGGGUUAUGUGAGCGGUGAGGAGGAGUUUGAAACCGCGUCGGAGAGGCCCGUCGCGGAUGAAGAAACCCUAGGAAAGGACGCUCAAGGGGAGAAUUUGGGUGAGGGUUCAUUGGGUGGCUCUGAAAGGUUGAAUUUUAAAACAGAAAUGCCCAUGGCGGUGGUCACACCGGAUGAUGAUGUCGAAAAAGGUUCUAAAGUUAGGGGUUUUGGUGGUGAAUAUGUUGAAGGAGAUGGUAUUGUGACGGGGGAGGAGUCUAACGGAGUUGGUGAUGGUGUUACUGAUGUCGUUCAGGCUGCAGAAACUGCAUCCGAGGGCUUUUCGGGGAAGCCUGAAGUUAUGGCUGAACCAAGUUCGGGAGAAAACUCAAAUUUGAAUCAGUUAGCGGAGGAAGCAAUUGCUGCUGAGGGAUUUUCAGGGAAGACGGAAGUUGUGGUUGAACCAAUUUCGGGUGGAAACUCAAAUUUGAAUCAGUUAGUGGAGGAAGCAAUUGUACCUGAGGGCCUCUCGGAGAAGCCUGAAGUUGUCGUUGACAUGGUUUCGGGUGAGAACUCGAAUUUGAAUCCAUUAGUGGAGGAAGCAAUUGAAGCUGAGGGCUUUUCGCGAGAGCCUGAAGUUGUGGUUGAACCAAUUUCGGGUGAAAACUCGAAUUUGAAUCAGUUUUUGAUGGAGGCAAUUGCAGCUAUGGGCUUUUCGAGGAAGCCUGAAGUUAUGGUUGAACCAAUUUUGGGUGAAAAUUCGAUUUUGAAUCAGGCUGUGGAAGAAGGUGGUUUGGGUGUCCCCCAAGCUAACAUCCUUGAGGUUUCAACCGGUAGUAAGGGAGAUAAUGUUGCUGAAAUUUCAAAAUCGGAUGAGACUGUGAGUUCUGAAGUUCAGGGCAGCUUGGUGCCUGAGGAGAUUGUGAUGGAGGAGACCAAGUUGAAAGAGGAGAAGGCUUUGAAUGCUGAGGAUUCUGGUGCGGUUGAAGCGUUACCAGUUCUAAGCCUAAUUAAUGAUGUGACUUUUGAACCAGCAAACUCAAAGCUGGUUGAGGCUGAUGGUGUGGAAGUUAAAAAUGGAGGAAACUCUUUGGGGGAAGCCAUACAUGUCAAAAUGUUUGAGCCAGGAGUGGGAUUGGUUGAUGGGUCUGAUGAUUUUAAUUUUGAUACGAUUUCGGCAACUUCAACCAAACACAAAUCUGAAGUGGAACAAUCAGAGCCUUCAGGUGUGACAGGAAGUGGGGCCGAGGCUAAACUGAACGAAUCUAUAGUUACAAAUGCUGCUGAUGGAGCUGAACGUGUGUCUACAAGGGAUGCAGAAAGUAAUGGUGCCCAUGAUAAUCAUGUGAAUGAUGGAUUAGCAGAGGAUGAGGUGAAAAGCAAAACUGAUGAAGAAGGAGAUAUUGGGUACUCAGGUUCAGAUGAGGAGACUGACGGUAUGAUCUUUGGAAGCUCAGAAGCUGCACGACAGUUUAUGGAGGAGUUGGAACAAGGAUCGGGUGGUGGGGAUCAGUCACAGAGGAUGAUUGAUGGUCAGAUUGUUACAGAUUCUGACGAAGAAGUGGACACUGAUGAAGAAGGAGGUGGGAAGGAGUUGUUUGAUUCUUCAGCAUUGGCAGCUCUAUUAAAAGCAGCGACCGGCGGUGGUUCAGAUGGUGGUGGCAAUUUCACAAUAACAUCACAAGAUGGAUCUAGGCUUUUCUCAAUAGAGCGUCCAGCCGGUUUGGGGUCCUCAGCCCGGGCUUUCAGGCCCGCUACCAGGCCCAAUCCAUCCAGCUUUUUCUCUUCUUCUGGUCUCAUGACUGGGGGAAACUCUGAGAACAACUUGACUGAGGAGGAGAGGAAGAAAUUGGAGAAGUUGCAGCAAAUAAGGGUGAAAUUCUUGAGGCUUGUUCAGAGAUUAGGUGUUUCUCCUGAUGAAUCCGUGGCAGCACAAGUUCUGUACAGAUUAGCUCUUGGUGGUGGAAGACAAACUAGUCAAGCUUUUAGCCUUGAUGCUGCCAAGAGGACUGCUACGCAGCUUGAAGAAGAAGGAAAAGAAGAUUUGGACUUUUCAGUUAACAUCCUUGUUCUUGGAAAAUCUGGAGUUGGAAAGAGUGCGACCAUAAAUUCUAUUUUUGGCGAAGAGAAAUCUUUUAUUGAUGCUUUUGAACGUGCCACUACGACUGUGAAGGAAAUUAGUGGAGUUGUCGACGGAGUUAAGAUUAAGGUGUUUGAUACUCCGGGUCUCAAGUCUGGUGUCAUGGAGCAGGGUUUCAACCGAAGAGUCUUGUCCUCUGUAACUAAGGUUACGAAGAAAAGCCCACCUGAUAUCGUCCUCUAUGUGGACCGGCUGGAUUCGCAGACUAGAGAUCUUAAUGAUAUGCCAUUACUUAAGACGAUCACCGGUUGUCUUGGCCAAUCCAUCUGGCGUAGUGCUAUAGUCACUCUUACUCAUGCGGCUUCUGCACCUCCAGAUGGGCCAUCUGGUUCCCCUUUGAGUUACGACGUUUUUGUAACCCAAAGGUCCCAUGUUGUUCAGCAGUCCAUUGGACAAGCUGUUGGUGAUUUGAGAAUGAUGAGUCCGAGUUUGAUGAAUCCGGUUUCUCUUGUUGAGAACCAUCCCUCGUGUCGAAAAAACAGAGAAGGCCAAAAGGUGCUCCCCAAUGGCCAAACUUGGAGACCACAGUUACUGCUAUUGGGAUACUCUAUGAAGAUUUUAGCAGAAGCAAGUUCUCUGUCCAAACCUCAAGACCCAUUUGACCACCGGAAGCUUUUUGGGUUCCGUUCUCGUUCACCCCCUCUUCCAUACUUGUUGUCUUCUAUGUUACAGACUAGGGCCCACCCAAAGCUCUCCACUGAUCAAGGUAUUGAGAACGGUGAUUCAGAUGUUGACAUGGGAGAUUUGUCAGAUUUUGAACAGGAGGAAGAGGGAGAAGUUGAUUACGAUGAGCUCCCAGCAUUCAAGCCUCUCAGUAAAGCUCAACUCGCUAAGCUUAGCAAGGAAGAUAAGGAGGAGUAUUUUGAAGAGUACGCUUACCGAGUGAAGCUCCUCAAUAAGAAGCAGUGGAGAGAGGAGUUGAAAAGAAUGAAAGAGAUGAAGAAGAAAGGGAAGGAUGCUGAGAAUGAGUAUGGUUUCAUGGGAGGAGAAGAUGGUGAUCAGGAAAACGGAAGCCCAGCGCCUGUGUCCACUCCAUUACCUGACAUGGUCCUUCCCCCUUCCUUUGACAGUGACAGUCCAGCUUAUAGGUACAGGUUUCUGGAGCCCACCUCACAAUUUUUGGCAAGGCCAGUUUUGGACACCCAUGGCUGGGACCAUGAUUGUGGGUACGAUGGUGUCAAUUUGGAACAGAGUCUAGCCAUUGCUAACCGGUUUCCAGCAGCAGUCUCUGUCCAAAUCACAAAGGACAAGAAGGAUUUCAGCAUCCACUUGGAUUCCUCUAUAUCCGCAAAGCAUGGGGAAAGCGGAUCGACUAUGGCAGGAUUCGACAUUCAGAAUAUUGGAAAACAGCUUGCUUACAUUGUCAGAGGCGAAACCAAAUUCAAGAACAUUGUGAGGAAAAGGAAGAACAAGACGGCUGCUGGGGUAGCUAUCACCUUCUUAGGAGAGAACGUUGCCACCGGAUUGAAGGUCGAGGAUCAGAUUGCAUUGGGAAAGCAAUGGGCUUUGGUGGGUAGCUGUGGGACUGUUCGAUGCCAAAGCGAUGCGGCUUAUGGGGCAAAUUUUGAAUUGCAGCGUUGCGAGCUGGAUUACCCAGUUGGUCAAGUUCAGUCCACUUAUGGGCUUUCUCUGAUUAAGUGGAAAGGGGAUUGGGCUUUGGGGUUCAACACUGUUGCUCAGUUCUCCAUUGGGCGUGGUUCAAAGGUGGCUCUUCGCGCUGGAAUCAACAAUAAGAUGAGUGGACAGAUCACUGUGAGAACAAGCAGUUCUGAGCAUCUUGGUAUUGCUCUUGCUGCUGUUAUUCCGGUAGCCUCUGCUAUUUACAAGAAAAUCUGGCCUGCUGGUGGUGGUGGUGGUGAGAGUUACUCGAUCUAUUAGAUCCAGUUUCGUUUCUUGCAGUUUUUGCUUUAUCUUGAAGUGGGAUUGUUGACUUAAUUGCUCAAAGCACAGUUUAGUCUUCAUCACUUUCUCGAGUCAUGCUUUGUUUUUUUGAUUUAGAACUUGGUUCCAAGUAUUUUGGCGUAGUAAAUUGUAUUGAAUAUGAUAUGAAACUCAGAGGGAACAUCAUAUUCAUUGUUAUAUUAUCUGUUCAUUAUUGAAUGAAUUUGGAACAUCAUUUGAGUUUCAUCAGUUCUGAAAA